AUGAGUCCAAAGCCCUCCUUUGAGGAGGAAGCUGGUUCAUAUUACAAAUGGUUGCCUUCUGACUAUCCCUUGCUUGCUCAGACAAAGUCGCCGGGCCGCCUUCUCCCGCCUCGUGGGCUUCGCCUUCCUCACUAUGCUGAUUGCUCUAAAUUCAGCUAUGUUCUUCGAGGUGAGGAUGGAGUUGCAGGAUUCGUAUUUCCAAAAAAAUGCAACGAGGUGGUGGUGAAGCUAAAGAAAGGAGAUCUAAUUCCGGUGCCAACCGGAGUCACGUCAUGGUGGUUCAACGACGGAGACUCUGAUUUAGAAAUCAUCUUUUUGGGUGAAACCAAAAGCGCUCAUGUCCCCGGUGACAUCUCUUACUUCGUCCUCUCCGGCCCUCUCGGCCUUCUACAAGGCUUCUCGCCGGAGUACAUCGGAAAAUCCUACUCUCUAAACAAAGAAGAAACAACCACACUUCUCAAAAGCCAACCCAAUGCCCUAAUCCUCCCCGUUCAACAAUCCCAAUCCCUUCCCAAACCCCACAAACACAGCAAACUAGUUUACAACAUUGACGCCACCGUGCCGGACAUCAGACCCAAAGUCGGGGCUGCCGUCGUUACAACGGUGAUGGAAUCCAAAUUUCCGUUCAUUGGCCAAACUGGUUUGACGGCAGUUCUUGAAAAGCUCGACGACAACGCCAUCCGGUCGCCAGUGUACAUCGCUGAGCCGUCCGAUCAACUGAUCUAUGUGGCUAAAGGAUCGGGGAAGAUUCAAAUUGUCGGACUUUCGAGUAAAAUUAAUGCAGAGGUGAAAAUGGGUCAGCUGAUUUUGGUCCCCAGAUACUUCGCCGUCGGGAAAAUCGCCGGAGAAGAAGGCUUGGAGUGUAUUUCCAUGAUCACAGAUACUCAUCCUUUGGUGGAAGAAUUGGCCGAAAAGACGUCGGUUUUGGAGGCAUUGUCGCCGGAGGUUUUUCAAGUUUCUUACAACGUCACGGCGGAGUUCGAGGAGCUCUUUAGGUCAAAGGUUUAACGAAGACUUGUCUUUGGAUGAGAGACAAUAAUUGAUUAUUGUAUUAUUAUCAUUUAAUCAUGUAUUUGAUUUGGUCUAUGUUUGCAAAUGUAUUUCCAUGCCAAUAACAUAAUAUAAUAUUUGUUUGCCAAA